GGUUCCACUUUUUUAAAGAGUGUGAGACACGACUUGUCGUAUGAAGUUGCAUUUUUGCGGGAAUGGUAGUUGGAAAAUGAUUGAAGAUAUUAUUCUCGUUUCCGUUUCGUUUGCUGAAGAGGAUUGUGAAUUUGUGAUGGCCCAUCGUUUUCACAGAUGUCAGUAAUAGCGUGAUGGUGGUGACAGUGAUGUAAGAGCCACACAACAAUGGAGGUCGUUCAGACAAAAGCCUCAUAUCCGAUCAUCUCUGUCUCUCCCUCUUUGGAUAUCACCAUUUUUGGCCAAAUACCACGAUACCCAUCUCACUAAAAGGUUGCUUUCUUUUGCUGCUUUCAUGGGCUUGAUACUUUCCACAGAAAAUAUGGGUUGAACUUCUUUCAGGAUAUUCCGUUCUCGGGGAUCCGCUGAUCCGAGUAUGUUCAUUUAGCAAAAGGCCAAUUGAAGUAAUGGCAGCGGCAGAGGCCAGAACUGCACGGCGUUGUAGCCGUUGCUAUGCCCAUGAAUGUGCAAGGGAAGCUUCAAAAUUUUAUUGCUAUCCAUCAUCAUCAUCAUCAAAUUCCUCAAAAUUGGAGUUUGAUCAUGCACCUGACACUGCAGCAAAAGAGCCACAAAACACCACGCCGGGAUAUCUGAUCAGUUACCCAAAUUCGCAUGUGCUAACUGGUAGAAGGUGGUGGUUGAAUCAGGAGCCCAACUUUGGGCGUUACAAGGAUUUUGUAACUGAACAUAAUAUUUCCUUGGAGGCUGAACUUGAAAUUUUCAGAAAUGAACUUAUUAAUGAGACUUCAGAUUUUAGUAAGGAGUGCCAACUCAAAGAAGAUCUUAUCUCUAAAACUGGUAUGAAGAGUAAUGUUAGUUCUUCUAUGGAGCAAGUCAAGGCUUUAACUAAGGAUGCGACAGAGUUUUGGUACUUGGAUGAUCAUUUGAUGAAUUUGGAGUCCUUGAACUGUUUGGUUUCCGAAGAAACCAAGAAACUGUCUUCUGAUUUUGAAUCUCAUUUGCUCGGGAGUGACAAGAGUGAACCUUGGUGGCGCUGUGCUGGUAAAGAUGAUUUGGCUUCUUUGGUUGCUCAGAAAUCACUUGAGCAUGUUGAGAAUUGUGAUCUUCCACGACCCCGGUCUACGAAUUAUAGGAAGCAGCCUUCUGCUUGUCCGCGGAUUUUGGAUCAUGAUAAACUCGCUUCACCUUUGAAUCGAAAGGCUGAAAGAGGGUUCUCCAAUCUGGAGUAUACUUUGGGAACCCCAAAUUCAGAUUACUCACCGCAUGAUUCUGAGCAGACUUUCAGCAACAGUGAUCAUAGUACAACCAGCAUCGACAAGACAGAUGCUCCAACUAAUUCGGAGAAUGAUCAAAACAAAGCUCAGCUGUUGAAAGCGCUGUGUCUAUCUCAAAAACGAGCAAGGGAAGCUGAGACGGCGGCCCAGAAAGCAUAUACUGAGAAGGAGCACAUCAUCACUCUGCUUUUCAGACAGGCCUCCCAGCUGUUCGCUUACAAACAAUGGCUCCAACUGCUUCAGUUAGAGAACAUCUGCCUCCAGCUUAAGAACAAAAACCAACCAAUUUGCAAUCUCUUCCCAUCUGUCUUGCCUUGGGCGCCUUGCAAGGGUAGGCAAGUCAAAAAGGGUCAGCACAGGGCUGCAAGGAAAAGGCAUGGCAAGCCAAAGUAUGAUAUCAGCAAGUGCACUGUCGCGUUUGCAGUGGGGUUGGGCCUUGCCAGCGCCGGUUUGCUCCUUGGUUGGACGAUGGGGUUGUUGUUUCCAAAUGCAUGAAUUUUUUAUGCUCGUGUUUGUGUGGUGUUUUCAUAUGUCCAGAUUCUACAAUUCGCCGACGUGACUGAGUUUGCCAGAAAAGUAUGAUUCACACUAGCAAUUCCAUCUUCUGUAAGUAAUGGUCUAGAUUCCUUUGUGUGUUGAUUAUGGAUGUACAUAGUAAACAGUACUUUGUUGAACUAGAACACGAGAUACAAAUAUGAACUAUAUUUAUAUGUACGUAAAUUAGAAACGAUUGUUUUCUCUUAUUUGGAUGAUUUGGUGCACACUUUUGGUUCAUUUCUGUGCCAAUGUUGGGCCGUCUAUCACCUCAUAGUAACAAGAUAUUGCUCCCAUAAAUUUUGCAGCCUAAACCCUGUCCCAAAUCUCAAGGUUGAAGAAUCUGAUCUGAAAUGAAAUUGGCCCUUCAAGUUCAUAAGGGGGCUUCUCGCUCAUUAUAGAUUUUAGUAUAAUUGUGUUUGUCACCAGAUUAUUAUUGAUGAGAAUACUAUACCAAAGUCUGAUUGGGACAUUUGUUUUUCAGCAACAACUGUAAUGU